UGUGGUAGGGGAUGAAGAGGCGGAAGCGGGCGUUGAUGUGGCUGUGGACGCCCCUCUUAUUGCUCGCGGCGUUGUUGAGGCGAACCGCGGCAUGGCGAGAAGGUCCACAGCGCCACCAGCCAGUGCACUUGUCAGGCAGCCUCCACUCUCUCUCUGCUGCAGAUCAUGGCCAGAGAUCCGACGGCAGCUAUGGGCCAGAAGUGAGCCUAUCCCACCGCCAUGCGUCACACCAUUCCUACAGGGGACAAGAACAGACCUCUGAUGGGCAGAACCCAACACAGCAAACACAGCAAGCACAGCCAGUGCAGCAGCAGCCAGUCUAUGGCCCAUAUGCCGCGCAGCCCCCCUUGCAGCCCUUCCAGCAGCCAGGGCCCCCUGCCUAUCCGCCACCACCAUACGUGUACAGCUACCCCAUCCCGGCGCCAGGCUACGCCCCUCAGCAACCCAUGCAGCUACAACCACAGCCCCAGCAGCAGCAGCCGCCACAGCAGUAUGUCACACAACCCCAGCCGCAGCAGCCCAUCCUUCCCACAGCAACUUCUCCUGACUUCGCGCCUGAUCUCGCCAGCGGCGCCCGCAGCCCUGGGGCGGCGCCCAUGAAGCAGCCCCACGCUGGCGGUGCUGGUGGUGCUGGGGGUGGUGGCGGUGUUGGUGGUGGGGUGGUUCCGUCUGCUGCUCAGUUGGGCAAGGCGGCAGAUAGGAUGGAGAGGAGUAUGGAGAAGGUGACAGAGGAGGUCCGGAAGCUGCAGCUGCAAGCAAGGGCGGGCGACAGGGUCUUCGCCAACAAAUUCAAACAAGUAUGGAUGUAUGUAAAGGAAUAAUGAAUGAAUGAAUGAAUGAGCCCAGUGGAUGUGCGUGUAUGUGUGCAGCUUGAGGUAGAGGUUCGUGGGAUGAAGACCGACGUCAAGCAGUCCCGUGCCAGGUAGGUGGGUAGGUAGGUAGCUGUGUUGCAAAUGCAUACAGACACGAGCCCGGCGAAUGGUUGUGGAUGGAUCGGGGUCUUUGUGUUGUGUGUGCUGGGCUGGCUGCACUGCACUGCACCAGGUACAAGGGUGCGGCGUAUCUGUGCGGUCAGUUCACGACCUGCAGCGAGUGCGUGCAGUCCACUCUGUGCGGCUGGUGCCCCGCACAGCACAGGUGCUUCCCAGGCAACAGAUACGGCGCAUUCGACAUCGAGGACCAGCCCACGGCAGAUGGCGUCCGGCCGGCAGUCUUCUCCUGCCAGAGGUUCUUCUUCAGCUACUGCACUGACGCGGGGCUCUCAUGCUCACAAUACGACACUUGCACCGUACACACACACAGACAGAGGGAGAGAGAGAGAGAGAGAGAGGGGCUGGGGGCCAUGUGGUGAGGGUGUCUCUCUCUCUGUGUGUGUGUGUGUGUGCUUCGUUUCGUCCCUCCAUUCCCUCAUCGGUUCAGUCGUGCACCCGUGACCCGAGUUGCGGCUGGUGUGCGCACGACUCGUAUUGCCUGGAGGGCAAUGAGGAGGGUCCGACGGAGGUCGACUGCCCCCGUACUGACCACAAGUCCACGUGGAUGCAUAAAUUCUUAGACGAGCCAAAGGCCUGCGACCCCAUGUCAGUGACCAACGGCUAGAGAGAAAACGCAUCGCAUGCCGUCUGCCCUGCUUGCCUAUGGGGUGUGUAUGUCUUUUCGGGGUGUGUGUGUGUAUGUCAGUGCGAUGCGCAAGUUGACGGUGUACAAGACGACAGCUAACGGGGGCCACAGCUCAAUAGAGGAGGAGAUAGGCGACCUCGAACGACAGGUAGACAGAUAGGUACACACCACGCCCCGCCAUGUAUGUGUAGUGUCUCUGCCUGCCUGCCUGACUUUGUGUGUCCAUGCAGCUUCAGGCGGCCGCCAAUCACUACUACGAGGCCCGGCAGCUGGAGCAAGCGGCAGAGGCUCAGGCCAGCAACAAGGGCAUAGACACGACAACCACACCGCAGACACGGCAGCAGCAACAACAACAGCAACAACAGCAGCAGCAACAGCAGCAUCCUGCUGUCCAGGGCGGCACGUCCAACAACAUCAUAGUCAUCCCCGUCCCCGCCGCAUCCGCCCCUGCUGGCGGCUACCCCAUACAACCCGCACCAAUGCCCAUACCCAUGCAGCAGCAGCAGCAGCAGAUGCAGCCAAUGCCCAUGCAGCAGCCGGGGCAGCAGCCGGUGCCUGCACCGGGCGGAGGCAACCAGACGAACCAGACAACUAAUGCCACAAAUGCCACACAGCCACAGCCACAGCCACAACCACAACCGAUGCCGGUGCAGCCUGGCGUGCCACCCGCGCCUGUGGGUGUGCCGGCGACGGUGAGCCCCUACGGCUAUGGCUAUGGGUAUGGGUAUGGUGCCCCGAACAACAUUCCAUACAUGACCACGCCGGCCAUGACAGGGGCAGGGGCAGGGGCAGGGGCAGGGGGCCAGCUUAUGACCACGGGCACAUUACCAGCGGGUGGUAGCACUACCUCUCCGGCGCCCACGGCGCUGGCCGACAAUUCGACUCAGCACAACAAAACUAGGGGGUGGUUUGGGUGGAUUACGGGCAGAUCGCAUGCUGCGUGACUGAAGAAUGUUUGUGUGAGUGGCGGGUGGGCUCGUGCCACGAAGGUGACUUUCCAUGUGCGGGUACGGGUGGUGGUGAUGAUGUAAAUCGCCGAUAUGUGGCCACACGGACAGAUAGACACUGUGUCUCGGUCAAUUAAGG